CCCGACCUCCAGACCUCCCGGCCUAGUUGUCACUGGCACUCGUAGGUUAAAUGACGUGCGGGAACUUUCUGACUCUGGAAGCCUAUGAGAAGCCAGCUAUGUCACCUGACCGGGGGCAGAAGGCUUUCAACAUGCAGAAAGCUAAGACUGUGCUCUUGGAAGCCCAGGCGCUUCGAGGACUUGCCUCUACGUUGCCUCUCUCUGCAGAGUCGGGGAAGGAUGAAAAGGGACUGCCACCAAAGCCCAAGAAGCAAAGUGUACCAAAAAAUGUAGUGGAUCCAAAGGAGAGGGGCAAGCUCCUAGCCACCUACCCCACCGCUGCACUGCCCAAAAGUUCUUCUCCACCCUGUUCUUACCCAACAGCAGGGAGAGCGGGUGGGGCUGUAGCUGGCCCCCACGCUGGUGGGAGUGUGCCGCCCACAGAUGAAGCGGAUCCAAAACCUUUGUCAAGAAAGACUUUGGUAGAGUUUCCUCAGAAAGCUCCAUUAUCAUUCAAAGAACAGGGUUCUCGGGCAGAGGCUCGACCCAGACAGAAGGAGAGCGAUGACUCAUCCUCAUCCUCAUCCUCAUCUUCGUCCUCGUCCAGCUCAUCUGAUUCAGAGUCUGAUGAGGAGGGCCACAGCUCAAAGGUUGGUUCCCGAGUUGUGAGCAAAGGCAAGGGAGGAGUGCCCAGAGCAACGGCCACCCACCCGUUUAAGAAUACAGCCCCCCAAAUCACAGUGUCCUCAAAGGAGAAGACCAGGGUGCCAAAGCCACCCACAGAUGUCACCCACCCAGAGAAGCCCCCGCAGCUCAGGAAAGGGACCUUCACUGAGCCUUCAGAGGGCAGAAAGGAGGCCCAGGCCAGACCAGCACUGCCCAGGUCCCAGUCCAGCGAGGAGGCGCCAGAGCCCCGUGUGCAGCCGCAGCCUCUGCAAGGAAAGCGUAGGUCAGCUGAGGGAGGGCCAGAAAGCCAGAAGCCACGUGAAGUUAGGGACAUUGCCCCUGACCACACACCAGCCGGCUUGUCUGCAGGGCUCAGGGGCAGCGCAGUGCCCAUGCAGCCGCUAGAAGAGGCCAGAGCUGAGGGGCAGCUGCCAGCCUCCGCCCCUGGCCGAGACAGACAUCUGGAACCAAAGGUGCCAGAGCCUGAGUGGAAGACAUCUCCUCUGAUCAGAGAAGAGAUUUCAGGGAAGCGGGUGCCGGAAGGACACUUGAAGACCAAGGAGGAGAUGGUGGAGGGCCAAGGACCAGUGAGAAACUUGAAGGCAGAGCCUGCUGAGAAGAAAGACACCUUUGAGGAGAAGACAGCAGGACCGAAGCUGGAGGGGAGGUGUGAGGCGACAGUCGACGCAGCCCCACACGGGGACGCCCAAGACAGCGCACCAGCCCAAGACAGCGCACCGGUGACCACUCAGGCCCCAGGGCCUGCUGAGCCGUUUGACAAUACUUCCUACAAGAACCUCCAGCACCAUGACUACACCACAUACACCUUUCUGGACCUGAACCUGGACCUCUCCAAGUUCAGGAUGCCACAGCCCUCUUCCGGACGAGAGUCCCCUCGGCACUGAGAGCUUGGCUCAGGUUAACCUUACGUUGACUUCCUGCAUUCUCACUUGUGAAAAUAAAAUCACUCAAGUCACAAA